AGUUUGUGCGGAACUAGUUUCCGCUUCCGUUCGGUAGAAUUACGUCCUUAUGAAAAAUAUGUUUAAGAAGCCGAAACGUAAUUUUAGGGGACGUAGGAAAAGUCAAGAUGACGAUGAAGAUACAGAAAAUCGAGUUAUACCCAAAACAAAAACUGAAGAUCCGGAGGAAGAAGGUAAUGGCGAAGAAAAUAAACCUGAAGAAAUAUUAGAAACUAAGGGUCCUGUUAUUAGUUUCUCAAUUGAUGAUGAAGCCGAUACGGAGGAGUUUAAAGUCAAAAAGUCCAGUCAAAGUCGUCGAAUGGCUCGAAAACACAAACGAGAAAAAAAGGAUAAGAAAAAACAAUUAAUCGAAAAUGAAACUAAAACUAAUAUUUGGUUGCAGCAAGUUGGAGAAGUGGCUGAAGAAACAUCUUGUGCCCCCACCCCACGAACACCCUCGCCUAUUGUGGAACACGAAGAGGAUGAGAUUGAUGACGCUGGAACCAUUCCGGAUGCAACAUUUAUUCAUAACGCAAAGAAAAAGCGACAGCUGGCAAGGGAGCGAGGAGAUUAUAUUCCUGUAGAGAAAGAAGAACCGGAUGAUAAGUGUGGGCGUUUAAUCAGGGAAGACGAAAAUGAUGCUUCAGAAGAUGAGGAACGAAUUAAAUUUCACGCAGAAAAAGAUUUUGAGCUAGAAAGAAGAGAAAUUAGUAACACUAUUAUGGCUGCAGAACAUGAAAAUGAAGAAACUGAAAGUUGGGAAGAUCAGCAAAUCCGUAAAGCUGUAAAUGUUGCUCCUUUGAAAAGACGUCCUAUAAUAAAUGUGUCAGAUGAUGAAGAUGUACCAUCGCCGUUACGGAAUUCUAAAACCUCUGAAAAUAUUUUAGGCAACCGACCGACAUUUAAAAAUACAGAGAACUUGAGGGAAAUAUCUGUCGAAGCCAUAAGAUUGAAGAUUGCUCAGAGGUUAGAAUCAAUGUCAAGUGUUCAUAGUGGUCAUGUUCAAGAAAGAAAUUCCUUAUGCGAACGUCUUAAAGAUGUCAAACUUAGUAUGGAUGAAACAUCUGAUAUCUCGCCAAAACUUGAAAAAGACUUUGAAUUUUAUCAAGAAACGAGAGCGUAUGUUCAAGAUUUAAUAGAAUGUUUACAAGAAAAGUUUCCGAAAAUUGUUCAUCUUGAAGAAAGUUAUCUUAAACUCUAUGCACAGAGAGCCGCUAAACUUAGCAAGCGCAGACAAUUAGAUAUUAACGAUGAAUCGUUAGAAUACGGUCCAGCAGGAAAGCAACACACGGAAGAAGAAAGUAUCAGUAGAAGUACUGAACGAGAAGCUAGACGGAAAAGAAGGCGACAGAAUAGACUACGUUUGAACAUAGUUGAUCACUUUGAAGGUACAUCGACAGAUGAAGAGAUGAUUUCAGGCGAAUAUUCAAAAUUUGAGGCCGAUAAAACUCAUAUUUCAACCGAGGCUAGCCGGCUUUUUGAAGAUGUAGAUGACGAAUAUUGUGAUAUUCGUUUAAUAUCUAAGCGCUUUGAAAAUUGGUCUUUAGAACAACCGAAUUCUUAUAAUGAGGCAUAUAUUGCUUUAUGCCUUCCGAAAUUAUUUAGUCCGUUCGUUAGAUUGUCUCUUGUAGACUGGAAUCCUCUGGAAUCGAAUAAAGUUUUGAGUGAAAUGAAAUGGAUACAUGAACUAGCAAUGUAUAAUAUGAAAGCGAAUUUAUCAGAUGAUGAAAUAAAGUUAAUACCCACAAUUAUAGAAAAGACUGUUGUACCAAAGCUUACUGCCUACAUUGAUCAAGUCUGGGAUCCACUUAGCUCAAGCCAAACGAAUCGUCUACAAAAGCUUGUUAGAUAUUUAUUUUAUACCUUUCCAACUUUAAACAAGAACAGUAAAAAUUCGCAGGAACUAAUGAAGGCAAUUGUAAAAAAAAUUGAAACUGUCAUUAGCAAGGAUAUUUAUCUACCUUUAUAUUCAAAGAAUUUAUUAACAAAAACGAGUCCAACAUCGCAGUUUUUCAACAGACAAUUUUGGAGUUGUAUAAAAUGCUAUUCAUUAAUAUAUGGAUGGUUCAAUAUUUUAUCGGAUGAAAUAAUUAUGCAUCUGGCUUUCGACGGUCUCUUAAACAAAUACAUUUUAUUGGGUAUGUCGUGCCUACCUGUUGACAAUACAUUUUUCGUAAGAUGUGAGAAGAUAGUAACACCGAUACCGAAAGAAUGGUUUGACGAUUUAAAGGAAAAGAAAACUUUACCCCAAUUAGAUAUGUUUUGUAAAUACUUGGUUAGAAUUGCUGAGGGUUGCGAUGUCAGUGCUAAUGUUAGCGAGCAGAGUGUCAAGGAUGCAAGAGAAUGGAUUAAACAAAUAGCUCAAGUACUGGUUAUUGCUGGAGCUGUUGAUUACGCUUCGUCUUUAGGAAAUAAAUAUUCGUUUCGAAUCUGA